GCGCACUCGCCAUUUCAAUGUAACUGCGUGCAGACGUGUUCCUAGGGCUCAUUGUAGUUCGCAAGAAAGCCCUCAAACAGUGCCUAUUCAAAUGUAGUCCUUUUCGUGCAAAAGCCACGUGAAAGGCCUUCGAAACAACGAGACGAAAAUCCAUGCAAACACGAACAGCAGUCUACAGCAGCGGUCGACCGUCUCCCGCCGUCUUCACACAGUCCGUUCCCGAUGGGUUGAGUACGCCGACUAGAAGUGUUUGUGGUCACACCACCAACGCUGGUUAAGAGGAAAAUAGUAGAGGCAGGUGUGAAACACCAUAAAAAUACAGCUCAAAGUAGCUACGACCAAUGCAGUCGUGGAGGCCGGUAGCCGCGCUGUCUCCACAGAAACCAUAAACUGCACCAGGCCACAAAACAACUUUAAUGGUCGCUCAUCCCUUAGAGAAAAUUACCUACACGCUCUGUCACUUCAUUGUUAUUAAAUUCCUCAAUAUCUUCUUCAUCUUAUAGUCUAUAUACUUAUAUUUUAAUAAAAAUGAGCAAAAUUCUUAAAGUAGUUGGAGCCUCGUGGCUCCAAACUAAAAUUAGUUCUUAUGUCCUCGGUGUACUCGGGGUUCUUGCUAUCUUGGCGCUUUUCAUUGGACAACUUGAUAGAAUACAAGAGGACGGUAAUUACGCAGCAACAGUGUACUUUUCUGAGAAAACUGGAUACCGCAUUGAGUUCUGGGGUCAGAGUAACAAGUUGGCCGAUAUUCCACUCGGCGUCGCACGCGCAUACUUCAGAAAAGACGUUGAAACCGAUGGCUGGUACCUUCUAGAAGUAGAAACGAAUGGUGAUUACAAUGAUGAAAAUCAAUCGUACGCCGCUGGUAUUGUCGAAGGCGCUUUGACCUGGAGUUUGAUCCACACUCACCUGGAGAAUACCAUCCGUAGAAAGUGCCAAGGCGAGGCUUUAGAGAAGCAAUGCCUUGCCCUUAAGGACUACUUCGAGAAGUCAGUUAACAAAUGGAAAAAUUAUGCUGAAUCCGCAAGUGACGACCCAUAUUGGCAUCAUGUAAAUCUCUACUACACCCAAAUCAACGGGAUUUACACAGGGUGGAAAUACGGCAUCGAUCGCAGUGAGAGCGAAUAUCCAACAGACAUUUACGAAUUACACUGGCUAAACUUCAUUAGUGAAAUUCCAGAGGUCCAACGUAAAUUGAACCUUACCUUGGAAGAUUCCGCAUUAGAUUACAUAUCAGGACUGUCUAGUGCGUUCUUGAGGAUCGUCAAUGACACUUCUAGCGAUGGGACGCAGAAUAAGAAACUCUUUGUUUCUCAAAAUGCAGCUGGAAGUUAUUACACAAUGACCCGUAUUUUAAAACGGUACAAGCUGAACUAUCACCUCAAGAAUGAUGAUUCUACUCCCGUUCCCGGCAUUCAAGUGGAUUUCUCCAGUUACCCUGGGUCCGUCACCAGCCAAGAUGAGUUUUAUUUACUGCAAGGCAAAGAACAUCGUUUGGCCAUCACUGGUACAUCGCUGCGAAAUUAUAAUAACAAACUUUGGAAAGAAGUUGAUAUUAUUGAACAAUUGCCUAUCGGACCCCGAAUCACUACCGCCAACCAUCUAGCCACAAAUGUCAGCUCCUGGGCACACAAGUUAGCAUCUGACAAUUCUGGGACUGCAUGCAAGCAAUGGUUGGUCGUGGACUUCAAUGUGUUCGAUCGUCUUCACGACCAAAGCCCAAUGAAACAUCGUCAUAUGGAGAAGGAAAUUAUUACUGAAGUCAGCAUCAAUCGCGGUGUCAAACAUACAGUGCGCCACACAUCUACGGACCAUGCCAAUGGGUUGCUCUGGUUGAUCGAGCAAGUGCCUCAUCUCACGCAUGCUCAAGAUCUGACCAUCGCUUUCCUUAACCAGAGCUACUGGGCGACCUAUGGAAUACCACUAAACCAUAAUAUCUCCAAAAUAACACACGUCACAAAAAUGCAAGAACAGUAUGGUGAAAUCUUUUCAUACUGGGAAACGCCUAGAGCACUCGUAUUCAAGCAAGGUUACGAAAAUGCAAUUUCCGUCCAGAGUAUCAUCGACUUAAUGAGAGAAACUAACCUUACUGCGAUUGAUAUUAAAAACGACACUUGCAAGGAGAAUGAAGUUGAAUGCAUUAUGAAAGAGGACGGGUAUUGGUCCGUGGUGGGAGUGCGGGGGGAUAUCGUUAACAGUCAUCGCCAACCAUAUGGAGUUAUUGAUACAAAAGUUAUCAGCGGUACUACCAAUUCCCUCGAUAUGGAGUUCGUCGCGAUCUCCGGACCUCCAUACACAGAAGAAAUAAAACGACUCAACAAAACCGAAAUUAAUAAAGGCAACGUAGCAACAGUGUACACCGACCAGUUCAACAACAAGUCUACCAUCAACGGCCUGGAGAUACACAACUACGUCCAGGAACAGAAGAAACAACGCGAGCAAGACGACUUUGAACGCCUUAACAAAAACAACGUUAAGCCCUUCGUGUGGUCCGAAACUGAUUUUGACAUCGAAGCUCACGACAAAAUGCCAGACAAAUGGGCGUUCGGACUCUACAAGCCAAAUUGGUCGUGGUGAAUCUCUCAAAUUCUUAACUUAGCAAACAUAAUAAUUUAUUUGUAAUUCUCAGUCGUUUUAGAAUUUUAUAUUAAGACCGGUUUUUCCGUUUGUAAUUAGUUUUAAAGAAUCGUACGAAUCCUUGAACGCCAAGGUAAUUUUACAUCGAUACAUAGUGGUUUUUAAAGGUGUAAUGUUGCCAAAAAUGAACUACUUAUUAUUUAUAAUAAUAAAUAAAGUACUUAUUUAUUUAUUAUAUGUGACUUGUUGAACUGGUCAGAAUAAUUUACAUAGGUAACUUCCUACUCAUUGCAUAAAUAAAAUAACAAUCGUCCAAUGAAUUGCUCAUUUCGUUUUUUUAAAUUCAGUGUAUUGUGUAUUGUUUAGAAUUAUUUAUUGGAUUUAUGUUGUUCUCGUCUUUUUGUAUAUUUAUGAGUUAGUAGAAAAAAACAGCAACGUUUUGCUUCUUUUUAUUAUUGUUAGUCUCAGACACUAAAUCCAUCAUCGAUUACUUAUG